CAACACUACAAAUCUAUUACAUUUAUUGAGCACGCUAAUUAGGAGCUAUGUAAGGCGGAAACACGGCAAAAUGAGAAGAUGCCAUAUUAUCGGCAUAAGAUUAUAGCCAACAACAAGAACUACAAGCCUCUUACAUGUUUAGAGUACGACUGCAGUCCCAAAUACACGUGGCACAAUGGACACUGCCUCGACCUUAGCUUCCAGAAAAAGGAUGUAGAGAAACAGUACCAGAUCUGUUCAGUUUCAGAGAGAAAAUGGAAUAUUCAGCUUGCUUCCACUCUCUACUUUAUACUAUCGUUAAUUCUCGUCAUCUACUUUGCCAUACGAUUUGCAACAGUAGAUAAAGAUAAUGACAAGGACAUUAGUUUGCAGCUGUUCUACGCAACAGUAGCCGCCACGGCUGCUAACUUGGGACUUAUUGUCAUCUCUCACACGCUCUCACACCAUUCACUCCAUGUCUCCUCCUUCUUCACCCUUAUUGUCGGAUUCAUACCUUCCUUCACCAUUCUCUAUUUUGGGAGGGACACACUGAGUCCUCUGUAUCUGACAUUUGUUUGGAGUUGCCCUAUUUUGAUAUCAUACACCCUGUUAUACUUACCGUUAUUGUUUUUGAUAGUAGCUGGAGUGUUAUACUCUGUGGGAGUCUUUUUAUAUACGCAUUUAGAUUCAGACCUAUCGGCCGACUCAGAGCCUGUACAGUGUGUGUUUUAUUUACUCACUCUGCUUGGAGUUAACCUCGUGGGGGCGUCCACCAGAUUCUACGACGAGCUCACAUCGCGGCGAGUGUUUUACAAGAUUGGUCGAAGUCUGAUAAGUAGACAGGAUGCUCUUGGAGAAACCCUUCUCAAAGAAGUGUUGAUAAAGUCCAUAAUGCCGGAAGCAGUGUGUCACCAGAUCCUAGAGAGUGGUGUUUUACACGACUCAGUCCUGUGUAAGGACCCGGAGUAUAUGAUGAGGAACCUACCUAUCAACCUGAUGGAGCCUGUAUCUAUUUUGUACGCUGAUCUGGUGGGGUUCACUGCUAUGAGUAGCACGUUACUAGCCCCUGAGCUGGUGGACCUGUUAACCGAUCUGUACGGCAGAUUCGACUGUGUUGCUGAGGCGUACAACUGUGAGAAUAUCAGUAUCCUGGGUGAUUGUUACUUCGCUGUAUCAGGAUGCCCAGAAGCUGACGAAAGACACGCGGACAACUGUAUGUACACGGGAGUAGGACUCAUCAAUGCUACACGAGAGUUCUGUCAGCAGCGCAACAAGAGUAUAGACAUCAGAGUUGGAAUUCACACUGGCAUCGUCCUCUGUGGUAUUGUCGGUGGUACCAAGUUCAAAUACGAUGUUUGGUCCAGCGAUGCCAAGUUGGCGAAUUACAUGGAAUCUGGUGGAGUACCCGGCAGAGUUCACAUUUCUGAGAAAACUAAGGGAUGUCUGCAAGACAACUGGGACUUUGAGGAGGGCUUCGGAUCCAAGAGGGAACCAGAGUUACAGGGAAUACGGACCUAUCUACUCAAACAAGAAUUUCAAGAUACGGUCGUUGUGGAGCCCAAAAAGAAAGACAUCUCUGAGACGGCUAUCUACAAAACAGUUCAAAAGACAAAGGAGAAGAAGAGAGGAAGUAGUACUCAUACAAGCAGGGAAUUUGACGGAAGUGUAUCGCUACAACACGUUAUAAGCAACGAGGAACUCUACUCUGGAUACACUUUAUUACCUGUCCUUCACCCCAGCAUCGCACUACAGGAAAAUAAGGGUAACAGCAUGUUAAACACCGCUGGAAGCAACUACAAGUGUAUAACUAACGCAACAGUUAGUCCUGCUCAGAACGGUAGUGGAACUGCCAACGGAACUACACACUCUCCCGAGGAAGGAGCGGAGGUGACAGGGAGCAAAUCCCGGCACUCCCAAGAACUGGUUACAGCCGCCUCCCAGCCCUGGUCACUUCAGAGGAUGUUCCAGAAGGAAGCGAAGUUUGUGGCGGACAAAGUGGGAUGCAGUCUGAUGAUCAACCCUCUCACUGCCAUGUUUAGAUCUACACGUGUCAAGGCUGACUUCUUGAAACAUGGUUGGGAUACGAACGGGUGCACAUGUCUGUUCUCGCGCGGUCUCACCUUCCUCUCCACUCUCACCCUAUGUCUUAUCUCUCUUAUCUGUCUCGCUAUCGUUAUCUACACUGUAUCCUCUGUACCAGUGCUAGUAGUGGAGAUAAUAACAAACACAGUGAUCCUGAUGGUAAUGUUGAUAAUGCUGGCUCGGUGGAGAAGGGUCAAACAGCUGGGUUUUCUGGAGAAUCUCAAACAAGUUCCUUUCCCACUAAUACCUGCAUUUACGUCGCUAUUUCUACUGAUCUCUACUUUCACCUCUAUUGGUUUGGUGUGGGGCGAGACAGAAAACACUAAAACAGUUGCUAGUCCCAGUCCCACCUUUGUGGUCCUCUCCGUGAUCCUGGUCUUAUCUCACUUCCUUAUCUACCACAGAUUUGAUUGGGUUAUAGAGACUUGUCUGCUGGUUGCAACUACCGCUGUUACUCUUGUUUAUCUCCUCCUCGGAUCUGACAAUUCUCCGAACGACACAAAAGAAUUUGCAAUCGUAGCAGUUACAUGUCUCUUCAUCACUGUACUCGUGUUGCUAUGGGUAAAGUCUGUAAAGACCUCCCUGAGAUUUGGAACCCUGCAAGAGUGCAGCACGGAGUUGUCUGUAAUGAAGGAGGAGGAGAAAGUGACCACUCAACUUUUCAACACUAUCAUCCCUAAACACGUGUCCGACCAGUUCCUUUCCGAACUCAGAUAUUCGCACUCGUACGAUCAUGUGGGGGUAAUAUUCGCUUCAGUCACCAACUUCUGGGAUUUCUACGAAGAGAAGUUUGAAGGAGGAAUGGGCUGUAUCCGAGUGUUGAACGAGAUAGUGAGAGAUAUAGACGACCUGCUGAUGAGUGUGGACAACACUACGCGGAGGAGCGAUGUCAGGUGGGCGGCCAUUCAGAAGAUAAAGACUGUGGGCCCCUGUUAUAUGGCAGCUUCUGGACUUGACCCCGUUACUGAGGAACAAACAAGACAGGGUAACCACGAGCACAUAGUGAACUUGAUGGAAUUCUGUUUCAAAAUACUUGAAACUAUCAAACAGUUUAACAGUUACACAUUUGGUACUAACUUUACGAUGAAGAUAGGGUUCAACUAUGGACCUGUCACAGACGGAAUCAUCGGACAAAACAAGGUGUUGUACGACAUUUGGGGAGACACAGUUAACCUUGCCAGCAGGAUGAUGUCAACUGGAGUAGUAGGAAGAAUCCAGCUACCUGCCGCCUGCGUUCCCUUCCUCAUCGACCACUUCAAGCUACCCAGGCGGGGCAAAGUCCGAGUAAAGGGUAAGGGCGACAUGAUCACCCACUUUUGUGUGGAGCGGAAAACUCCGGAGCAGAUCAGGAGUAAUAUUGAGAACAGAGCCGCUAACUCCACAAACUCUACUGACGCAUAACUGUCAGGUUCACAACCUGGCGGUACCAUGGAACGUUACCACGGUAACCAUCGUUACCGUGGUUACCGAAUACGUUAUAGCCGGUUAAUUUUGAGUUUUCCUUUUGAAGUUUUGUUGUUGCCUUUGUUUUGGACUAUUAGUUGCUAUUAAUCUUUUGAUAAAAGUAUAACGUUCCAAUUAUUCUGACUCUUUAUUAUUGCACCUGUCUUCUUCCAUCAUUGCUUGACUUCAAUUUAAACUAUUCAGAUAAAAUAUUAUACUCACUUGGGCUGGUUGAGGAACUCGAUCAACUUUUAAAAACUAUACAGUAUGCACAUUGUAUGAUAGCUUAAUCGGCGAUAUAAGACUUAGUCUUACAAAUUCAUUUGCACCGAAUUUUUCGUCACUUACGAUUUUACAUUUAAACUGAUGUAAAGAACUCUUAUUAAAACUUGUUGAUCUGUCAUAUGGUCUAGAACAUGUUGUAUAAUACACUUAUUAAUCGAAUAUAGUAGCACAUAAUUCAUUCGUUAUUAUCACAUUUGAAAUUAAGUAACAUAGUUGAAUAAUUAAUAUUGAGCAGAUUUUACGACCAGUAGAUCCGAUAUUGUGAUGUAUAACAUUGUUUAGUUUUCUUGGUGACCUGUUAUAAUAUUUAUAGAAAAUAUAUGA